CAAAGACUUGCUUCAUCGCCGGUCAGCAAAGACAAAGGAAACGCUCCAUAACCACCAAGUUACACUCCGCGAGAAGUGACAGUGAACAUCAGGAAAAGCACUUCAGGUAAUAUUGGGCGGCCAUGGAGAGCCUCCUUGGUGAGGUUGGAGCCGGAGGGAGAUUUCAGGUGCAGCUGGUGGCAAGUGUUAAGUUUGCGGACAUGUCGCUCGCUUGGGGAAUGAUGCAGAUGACUUUCGCUGGUCUGGUCCCCGACUGGUGGUGUCAGCCACCCGAGGCCGCCAACAGUUCCCAUGGAAACUGGUCCCGUGACAACACGACCUUCCACAUCUGUCCUGUGUCCAACAACAGCGACACGUGUGGUGAGGUGGUCUUUGACGACUCUGUCCAAACCAUCGUUAACGAGUGGACACUAGUCUGUGACCUCGACUAUGUCAAGCCCAUGGUGACGUCACUACAGAUGGGCGGGGUGUUGUUCGGCGCCUUGCUGGGAGGACAGGUGUCUGACUCGUUGGGGAGGCGGCCAACUGCGUAUCUAGCGUACCUGGCUAACCUCAUCGUCUCCCUAGUGACUGCCUUCUCCAUCAGUUGGAGGAUGUUCGCCAUCAUGCGGGUCUUGAUUGGCGUCACCUUGGGCGUCAAACAUCGUCGUACUGUACACCUAUAUGCUGGAGUUCAUCGGAAGCAAACGGCGGCAGGUGACUGUUUCAGUAAUUGUUAG